ACUAGAGCAUUCGUGAAAUGACAUUUGUUUUGUUUGUGUAAAUUUUAUCCUUAUAACUUGAAUAUUAUAUUAAAAUAAGUUCUUCAGAUAAUUUUAAUGAUUUUAAUGAGUGAUUAAACAAUAUUUGCGUCGUCUAUUUAAAAAUUAGAGAAGUACUUUUAUAAAUAACAAUGAGUUUCAGCUUUGGUUCAACGGCAACAACCUCUGGCGGUACUUUCGGUACAGCCACUCCAAGUACCGGGUUUGCAUUUGGAAGUGGUGAUGCAUCAAAGCCUCUAUUUGGAUCUACAAACACUGAAAACAAGGCAGCAUUCAGCUUUACCAGUCCAACAGCCCAGACAACAACAAACCAGCCUGCUUUUGGGAGUUUUGCCUUUGGAGCUAAAACCACUGCACCCACAUCUUCACUAUUUUCUACACCAUCAACGGCGAGCACAGCUCCAGCAUUUGGAGCCAGUAAACCAGUUAGCUUCAGUGGUUUUCAGUCACCACCAAAUCAAACAGUUGGCAGUCCAGGUUUUGGCCAGCCAGCUGCACAGAGUGCACCACAGAAUCUGUCUUUUGGGUCCCAACAACCACAGGCGGCGACUCAAGCAGCACCAACGAAUACUUCUUUCGGAUCGGGUUCAUUCUCGUUCGGGAAGCCGGCUGCAAUAAACUUUUCGACGCCUACAUCUGGAUUUUCGGCGCCACAACAAGCAGCCACGUCAACAACAUCGACAGCACCACAAACAACCCAACCUGGUUUCCUCGCAUCCACGACAACGGCAACUAACUUUGGCUCUACACCAGCCCCGUCUGCUUUCGGUCAGGCAUCUGGUUUUGGAGCCAAACCCUCGGCCUUCUCAUUUGGUGGUGGUACCACUACACCAGCGUUUGGUGCCGCGACGACUACCGCUGCAGCACCGGCGUUUGGUUCGACAACCCCAGCGUUCUCUUUAACCAGCCAACCAGCUGCCACUCAACCUGCCGCACAGGCGCCCAGUCUUUCCUUCGCAACUCCCCCGGCUCAACAACCCCAACCACCCCAACAGCCACAACAACCCCAACAACCCCAACAGACCAGCUUCGGAACUGGCUUGAGCUUUGCAACCACGCAAGCGUCUACAGCUGCCCCCACUUUUGGUACCAUAGCUCCCACUUUCGGAACUACAACCUCCAGUUUCCAAACACCUGGAACUGUGCUUAGUUUUGGUACAACGGUCGCAACGACUGCCCAACCAACGCUUAGUUUCGGAACGACACCAGCUUCGACGAGUCAAUCAACUGUGCUGAGUUUUGGUACUACCACAACAUCUAGUCAAGCUGCUGCCGGCCUUAGUUUUGGGACGACAUCCGCGGCUCCUAUUAGUAGUACAGGACUCAAUUUUAGUGCCCAAACAACAGCACAGACUUCAACAGGACUUGCUACAACUGGGCUUAGUUUUGGCACCACACCAGCUACAAGUUCUCAAGCAACUACAGGGCUGAGUUUUGGUACAUCAACAGCAGCAACUACUCAAGUUACAAGUGGUCUUAAUUUCGGCGCAGCUAGCACUAGCGCCGGGCUUAGUUUUGGAACAAAAUCUGUAACUACAGCUGCUGCGUCAGUGGCAUCAACCACUGCACCCUCCGGAAUAACAGCGUUGGGUAAAACUACAACAUCAACAGUUAUGCCUUCAUUAACAACAGUCACUACAACAACAGCACUGGCACCACCUGCCCAAAUAUCAUCAAUAAAUUUUGCUCAACUCGAAGAAAACAUCAACAAAUGGACGAUAGAAUUGGAGGAACAAGAGAAAACAUUCAUCAACCAAGCGACCCAGAUUAAUGCUUGGGACAGACUACUUAUUGCCAAUGGAGAGAAGAUAGUGGAACUGAAUGACGCAGUGCAAACUGUAAAGAAUGAGCAACAGAGCUUAGAGCACGAGUUGGACUUCGUUCUAGCACAACAAAAAGAAUUGGAAGAUUUAUUAGCACCACUAGAGAAGCAACUGCUAGAAGAUUCAGGGGACAGACUUAGGGAUCCAGAAAGAGAGCACAUGUAUACAUUAGCUGAAAGUCUAGACACGCAACUGCGUCAAAUGUCUGAAGAUCUGAAGGAAGUCAUUGAACAUUUGAAUGAAACAAACAGAAGUCAAGAUAGUAAUGAUCCAAUUGUGCAAAUAGGACGGAUUCUCAACGCGCACAUGUCUUCAAUGCAAUGGAUAGAUAACUCCAUAGCACAGAUAUCCACGAAACUGGAUCAACUUAAGGCCACACACGACACACUUCGGAGGGACAACGAAAGAUCCUUCCAGUUAACAUAUAAUUAGCGAUUUGUAAUGUUAGAGAAUUGAUUUGAAGCCACAACAGUAUA